CAUGCAAUUGCAAUUGAUUAUACAUCUCCCAGCCAUCUCCUCACUCACACACCCCCAAAAACCAAGAAAAAAAAAAUCCUCAUUUCUUUCCCAAUUUAACGUUAUAUUCAUUGGUUUGUGGGGGGCAUCUUUUGUUUCUACAUUGUUACUGUUCAUCAAUAUGGUCAAGAUUUUGAUAUUCUGAGCAAUAUAUAUCUUAUGUUUUGAUGGGGAAUACAUGCUCCGGACCUACUUUGAACAAAGAUUCAGCAGAUUCAUCAAAGACAGAUGGAAAAGGUUCUGAUUCUAAUAAUGUCCAGAACACCCCUCCUCCACAUCUUCAGAUACCUGGAGAUCAGGAUGAAAAAUCAAAAAAUUCCCAAAACGGUGACGACAUUGUCGUGGAAGAUGUCAAAAGAAAUAAGUCUAGUAAUCUGAAGCGAGUAAUGAGUGCAGGCCUCCAAGUUGAUACUGUUUUAGGACGAAAAACCGGAAAUUUGAAAGAUAUUUAUACUUUAGGAAGGAAAUUAGGACAAGGACAAUUUGGGACAACCUUUUUGUGUGUAGACAAAGCUCAACCAAAAGAAUUUGCAUGUAAAUCAAUUGCUAAAAGGAAGUUGACGACUGAAGAAGAUGUCGAGGAUGUAAGGAGGGAGAUUCAGAUAAUGCAUCACUUGGCAGGCCACCCUAGUGUUGUACAGAUUGUUGGGGCUUAUGAGGAUGCUGUUGCUGUUCAUGUUGUAAUGGAGCUCUGUGCUGGUGGUGAACUUUUCGAUAGGAUUAUAAAGAGAGGCCAUUAUUCUGAGAAGAAGGCUGCUGAACUUGCAAGAGUAAUAGUAGGUGUUGUAGAAGCAUGUCAUUCACUCGGUGUUAUGCACAGGGACCUCAAGCCUGAGAACUUCCUUUUUGUCAAUGAGAAAGAGGAGUCCUCAUUGAAGACCAUCGACUUUGGAUUAUCUGUCUUCUUUAGACCAGGUGAAACAUUCACAGAUGUGGUUGGAAGCCCUUACUAUGUAGCACCAGAAGUCCUGCGAAAGCGUUAUGGUCCAGAAUGUGAUAUUUGGAGUGCUGGAGUAAUAAUUUAUAUACUUCUUAGCGGUGUGCCUCCAUUUUGGGAUGAAACUGAGCAAGGAAUAUUUGAACAGAUUGUAAAAGGGGAACUUGACUUAGUAUCCGAACCUUGGCCAGCUAUAUCAGAAAGUGCCAAAGAUCUAGUCAGAAAAAUGCUUGUGAGGGAACCCAAAAAGCGGUUGACAGCUCACGAAGUUCUCUGUCACCCAUGGGUCCGUGUAGGUGGAGUUGCUCCAGAUAAGCCUCUUGAUUCUGCUGUUCUUUCUCGUCUCAAUCAAUUUUCUGCAAUGAAUAAAUUAAAGAAGAUAGCAAUCAGAGUUAUUGCUGAAAAUCUGUCUGGAGAGGAAAUUGCAGGAUUAAAGCAAAUGUUCAAAAUGAUAGACGCAGAUAACAGUGGACAUAUUACACUGGAGGAACUGAAAAAGGGUUUAGAAAAAGUUGGUUCCAAACUUAAGGAUUCAGAAAUAAACAGUUUAAUGCAAGCGGCAGAUAUGGAUAAUAGUGGUACCAUUGACUAUGGAGAGUUUAUCGCUGCUAUGCUUCAUCUAAACAAAGUCCAGAAGGAGGAUCAUAUGUAUGCCGCUUUUUCAUAUUUUGAUCAAGAUGGUAGUGGAUAUAUCACACAAGAAGAGCUCCAAAAGGCUUGUGAGAAGUUUGGUUUGAGCAAUAUUCCCAUGGAAGAACUUAUGCGUGAAGUCGAUCAGGAUAAUGAUGGGCGCAUUGACUACAAUGAAUUUGUAGCAAUGAUGCAGGAUACUGGUUUUGGUAAGAAUGGCAACAAGAGAGUGUGAGCAUUGGCAUCCCAGAGGCCUUAGAACCUGGCUUGCUUGGUCCUUUGAUCACAAAAUUACUGCAGAUAUCAUGGAAGCAGAUUAGAACCUGUGUUUCUUUCAAUCUUCAGUGCCUACUGCUUUGCAUAAAAAAUGCAUUUUCUGCAGAAGUAAUGUGUGAUUCCAAGUCCAAUGCUAUUCUUCUUACCUUUUGGUGUAGUCACAAUAUCCGUUCUGUACCCUCGUUUCACCUAAUUAGAUUAUUUUGAUGUGUACUACAUUCAUAUCUUUGAUGAAAUUUGAUGUACAUUACAUUUUUUUCUCUUGUUAAAAUUACAUUACAUUAAUGAGUAGUGGCUUCUCUCUUUUGAUA